GGAGCGGGCCCGGCUCAGCCUGAUUUACGGCUCUGCUGAAAACCGCUUCGCUCCCGCAGCAGCAGCACCGGCCGCGGUAGCAGCAGCACCAGCUGCAGCCGCAGCAACAAGUCUGGACUUUUAGAGUAAUGCAACAGAAGGCUUUUGAGGAAAGCCGAUAUCCCUGGCAGGAGUCCCUUGAGAAUGUUGCUGUCUGCCUGCCCUUCCGCUGCCCGAGGUGUGGUGAUCACACCAGGUUUCGAAGCCUGUCGUCCUUGAGGGCCCAUCUGGAAUUCAGUCACAGCUACGAGGAAAGAACCCUCCUGACGAAAUGCAGCCUCUUUACGUCCAUCAAAGACACAGACCUGGUCACUGCCUCGGAACCCCUGAAGCCGGGGAAGCUGCAGAGCAGUGGCCACGUGGUGAAGCAGAGACCGAGCUAUGUGAACCUGUAUAGCAUUUCCCAUGAGCAUUCCAAGGACAGGAAGCCAUUUGAGGUGGUGGCCGAGAGGCCCGUAUCCUACGUGCAGGCCUACACGGCAGUGGGCCUGCGAGCAGACUCGCUGGAAGGACCUCGGGCCAGCCCCGGACUCCCCACCUCGGACACCAAAGCUGCUUUCGAGGCACAUGUCAGAGAAAAGUUCAACCGCAUGGUGGAGGCAGUGGAUAGGACCAUCGAGAAGAGAAUCGAUAAACUCACCAAAGAGUUGGCCCAGAAAACGGCCGAACUGCUGGAAGUGCGUGCAGCUUUUGUGCAGCUGACACAGAAGAAGCAGGAGGUUCAGAGGCGGGAGCGGGCCCUGAACCGGCAGGUGGAUGUGGCCGUGGAGAUGAUCGCUGCGCUCCGGCAGCGCCUGACGGAAUCCGAGGAGGAGCUUCUUAGGAAAGAGGAAGAAGUUGUUACAUUCAACCAUUUCCUGGAAGCAGCGGCUGAGAAGGAGGUUCAAGGGAAAGCUCGACUCCAUGACUUCAUCGAGAAUCUGUUACAACGGGUGGAACUGGCAGAGAAGCAGUUAGAGUAUUACCAGAGCCAGCAGCCCUCCACCGGUCUGUGCCGCAGUGAGCAUGUGCUUACGGAUAUCUCUUCAAAUAGGAAACCCAAAUGCCUAAGCCGCGGACACGCACAUUCCGUGUGUAACCACUCGGAUCUCAAGACCCAUUUUCAUCUAAAGGGAAGGAACUACCUGAAAAAAGCCAAGGACGACAGAGCCAGCAUGCAGCCUGCCAAGUCCAUCCACGACCACGCCGAGUCCUCUAGGGAACUCUGCAGACCACCGAAGAAAGGGGAGCCCCUGGGGCUGAACCGCAAAGGCAACAUCAGGCCCAAAAUGGCUAAGAAAAAGCCAACAGCAAUUGUGAAUAUCAUCUGA